AUGAGUUCACGAAUAUUAUCCUCGACUCUGCGAGGCACUCGACAGAAUCGAUUGAACAGCAGACCAGUUUGGAAAGGCCAAUGGGUAUGCCAAUUAUGUCGGAGUCACGGAGCUGCCAGGAGGGCGUUUUCCCUAAGCUCAAGCUUUUCGAAGCAAAAACCAUAUUACAUUACGACUCCCAUCUUCUACGUUAAUGCAGCUCCUCAUGUCGGACAUCUCUAUACUAUGGUCCUUACGGAUAUCCUCAAACGAUGGCAGGUCUUGAAAGGAAGAGAAGCCAUUCUUUGUACCGGAACGGAUGAGCAUGGAAUGAAAAUUCAACAAGCAGCAGCGUCUUUCAACAUGCCUCCAAAGGAGUUUUGCGACCGAGUUGCGGAUACUUUUAAAAAACUCGCCCAAGAAUUCAAUCUGUCGAACGAUCAUUUUAUUCGCACUACCGACGAGGAACAUCGAAACACGGUGCAGCUUGUCUGGCGCGUACUGGAUUCCAAUGGAUACAUAUACCAAUCGAAGCACGAGGGAUGGUAUUGUGUUAGCGACGAGACGUAUUAUCCAGACUCGGCGAUUGAGAAACGCUUAGAUCCAUAUACGGGGAAGACUUUCAUGGCAUCGAAAGAGACUGGAAAGGAGGUGGAAUGGACCUCUGAGACCAAUUACCACUUUCGCCUCUCUGCUUUCAAGGAUAAGCUUCUUCAGUACUAUAGGGAUAAUCCAGAGUUUGUCGUCCCUUCAACCCGGAUGAAGGAUGUGGUCAAAUGGGUUGAGGAUGGCUUAGAAGACCUAUCGAUAUCAAGACCAGUAGAAAGGCUGAGCUGGGGAAUUAGGGUUCCAGACGAUGACAGUCAGACCAUAUAUGUUUGGCUCGAUGCUUUGAUCAACUACAUCACCAAAGCCGGGUAUCCCUGGACAUCAGGAACUGAGACCUUAGAGGGCUGGCCAGCAGAUGUACAAGUGAUUGGAAAAGACAUUGUCCGCUUUCAUUGCAUAUACUGGCCUGCCUUUCUCAUGGCACUGGACGUUGCACCACCAAAACAAAUAUUAGCCCACGCUCAUUGGACAUUAGGAAGUCGAAAGAUGGCUAAAUCCACUGGGAAUGUUGUCAACCCGAUUCUUGCCAUGCAGCGGUUCGGCGUGGAUGUGAUGCGGUAUUAUCUUGCUCAUGAUGGUGGAAUCGUCAAUGACUCUGAUUACGGAAAUGAUCUGAUUGUCGAAAGGUAUAAAAAGGGACUACAGGGCGGACUUGGAAACCUUGCUAGUCGAAUAAUGAGACCCAAAAUCUGGAGUGUACCAAGUGUACUAGCAGAAGCUAGGGAUGGCAACGUGUACAAUAUUGGAAAGACCAGUAAAGCUCAAGUCGAUAUGUUAAACACCCUGCGCGAUAGGGUUAAUGUCAAAUUUGACCAGCUUGACCCUGGCGGAGCUUUACAAGUCAUUAUGGACGCUGUUUAUGAGACAAACAAGUAUCUGCAAUCAAACUCGCCCUGGAAGCUUGCUAAAGAACUCGCGGAACCAGAGGGUUCACCGCUUGGCACAACAGAAGACGAUAAACCCCUCCGUGAUUCCACCCAAGCGCGGAUUAAUCGGACAAUCUAUCAUUGUGCUGAGACGCUUCGAAUCGUUGGAAUUUUACUCCAACCAUACAUGCCAGAUAAGGCUAGGGAACUUCUUGACACGCUGGGUGUUGCUCCAGAUCGCCGAGCAUAUGAUGAUGCGUGCCUUGGAUUAGAUUUCACGUACGGCGUGCCUCUGACCUUACCAGGAAAGGGAAGCUGGGGGGCUCUGUUUCCACCACUCCCCGUCGAAGAUUAG